GUGUCUCUAGGAGCAACCGCUGCCACGAUUUGAGUUUGUCCCUUACUGUAAAAAUGUCCUCGGCCGGUUGCAAAGAGGAUGUCCUGCAGCACGUCACCCAGCUGUGGUCCAUGUUGGACGAGCUUUCCACCAGUGACCCCGCAGCUUAUCGCAAGCUCAUCCACACUCAGCUGGAGGAGGGAGCCGGGUUCAGUUCCCCGCCGGAGCUCGACUCGUGUCUGUGCGCUGACAUACUGGAGCCGAACAAGGGGUUAUUGUAUCUCAACAUAUGCAGCUGGAAACGUGUGCCGGCGCCUCAGGAUCCCAGCAAGCCAUUACCUUUAUGUUCAGGAAAACUGGAAACAGGCACAAGUGAAAGUCCAGGCUUGUACACUGUGUUGGAUGUGGCCUUAAACCCUGCAGUGCUGGAAACAGAUAAGAAGGACAAAUCAGAUUUGUAUACGCUGGCCCUGACUUUUGCCCAGCAGCAACAUGGGUUGAGGUUAUCUCAGCAGUACACUGUCAUCGCAUGUAGCCCACAAAGUAGUCCAGAUGACCUGAACCGCCGCCUUGGAUUUCAGCAGUGGCCCACCAACACCUCCAGCCAACCCGACACAGCCAGUCAAACCCCAGCUUCCCUCCUGCAGCAGAUCGCCUCUCUGCGCUCGGAGCAACAAGAUGACGAGCCGGCUGCCCAAAUUAUCUGCAGACCCGCGGAGAACAAAAAGAAGGAUCUCAUCCAGGUCAUCUCCAGCACAUUUGUGCAGCCUCAGAAGCCAAGGCACCGACUUGAGGUGAAAACUGAUAAAGCGGGAGUUCCUCGCAGCGUGGAGCUGACAGUAGAGCUGCCAAAGGUUCACUCCAUGUCAGACUGCCAGCUGAGAAUUUCCAAGGAAGACGUGUUAUUGGAAGUGGAGGAUGUUUGCUAUUUGCUUCUGGACUUUCCAGUAGCUGUGAAUGAAGACACUGCGUCUGCCGUCUUUAACAAGAAGAAACGACAGCUUGCAGUGAAGGUGGAUGUUCUGUGACCGUUUGUUUUGAUUGAGAAAGAAGCGUAGAAGAGGCGAUCAGCCCUGCUUGGAAUCGGCUGAGGAAACUGUGAAGCUUUAGGAGUAAAUUCUGACACUGACAAUAAAUACAAAAUGAUUUGACAAAA